UUGAAGGUGAACUUUCUGAGAGAGGGAUGUGGCAAUGACAAAAUUUGCCAGAGCAAUCUCAAGCUGAGGUACCAGUUUGGAACCCGGCCCCUGCACUCUGACUACUUCACCCCACUGCCAAGAGACGAGGAUGAUGUGCAGGUGUUUUCUCUAUCAGAUCAACGAGUGGUAGUGUUGGAGAUAAUUGUCACCAAUAUGCCCUCUGACCCUCUUAACCCCGAGGAAGAUGGGGAUGAUGCUCAUGCCGCUCAGCUACUUAUCUCCCUUCCAAACACGCUGUCAUAUGCUGGCUCCAGGGUCCCUCCACAGAUGAGAUGUCAAGCCAAUCAGAAUGGCUCCCAAGUUGAAUGUGACCUGGGAAACCCUGUCAAACGAAACACAAGGCUGAAGUUCUCCAUCAAUCUAAGCACAUCAAACAUUACCAUUGAGACAACAGAGUUGACAGCAGACCUCCAACUGACAACAAUAAGUGAGCAGCCUGAUUUGCACCCCAUCAAAGCCUUCGCUAAAGUUGUGAUAGAGCUCCCUCUGUCUGUCAGUGGACUGGCCCGUCCUCACCAGCUGUUCUUCAGCGGGGAAGUGAGGGGAGAAAGUGCAAUGGCCAGCUUGGAGGACAUCGGCAGCCCAGUGGAUUUUGAAUUUGUGGUUUCAAAUACUGGGAAAACUCUUCAGACGCUUGGCUCUGCCUUCCUCAACGUAAUGUGGCCUUACGGGCUGACCAAUGAGAAAUGGCUCCUGUAUCCUGCCAGCUUGAAGUUUGAAGGCCACCCAGAUACACACUGCUCUCCAACAGGAGCCUUGAAUCCUCUGAAGCUACAGAGCUCGUCGACAGAGCUUCCACUUCCCACUAAUGAGGCAGCCGGAAGGAAACGGCGCUCUCAUGCUGAGGAGGAGGAUCAAGUGAUAGCAAAAGGCAGUGUGGUGCGAACCAUGCCAGCUGUGGCAGCUUCAGAGAGACGCAGAUCGCUUAAACUGGACUGCCUUCUUGGGUCAGCACGUUGUGUGCUGUUUCAGUGUCCUCUCCACAGUUUCUCUGGACAGGCUGUCCUUAAGAUCCAUGCCAGGCUGUGGAACAGCAGUUUUAUAGAGGAGUUCUCUUCGGUCAGUGCGCUGGAGCUGCUUGUCAGAGCCAACAUCACUGUCAAGUCCAGCAUCAAGCACCUGGUCCUCAGAGAAGCUGCUGCACAGAUUCCAGUGAUGAUCUAUCCUGAGCCCGGUCUUGCUGACCAGUACUGGAUCCCUUGGUGGAUCAUCCUCAUAGCUGUUCUGGCCGGCAUUCUGCUGUUAACUCUCCUUGUCUGUAUACUUUGGAAGUGUGGUUUCUUCCAACGUGCCCACUACAAAGACAAGCUGCCUCAGUACCAUGCGGUAAAGAUUCCCCGUGAGGAUCGGCCACAGUUUCAGACUGAAAAGUCAGGAAUUGUCCAUAAAAAGGAAUGGUCCACACACUGGAGCGAUGGGACCUUGUAA